AUGGCACGCGGUGUAGGAACGCGUUCUCAGCGACAGGCUGGCCCCUCCCAGUCCCAAUACGGUGGUACACAAACAGGGAGAAACACAAGAUCGCAACGAGCAGGCCCUUCGCAGACCCAAGCCCUUGAUGAUGACGAUGAAGAUGACUACGAGGAUGACGAGCACGGUGGACCUUCACAGGGCAUGGACGUUGGCGAAGGUGAUGAGGUACUUUUGUGGUCUUUUGUGUGCUUCCAUGGCGAGAAACCUUACGGAAAUGCUUUUCAGGAAGUUACGACGCGCGCAAACGACCUAGUCAGAAUCGCACUCUUCACCGAGCAAAAGAGAAUGCAUUUGAGGCGAGAAGAUAUCACAAAGAAAGUUCUUGCACCGCACCCAAAGCUGUUCAAGCGCGUCUUUGCAGAGGCACAGAAAAUACUCAGAGAAACAUUUGGGAUGGAGAUGGUCGAGCUGCCCACCCGCGCUGGAUUGGAACAGAGCGAAUUUGCUUCUACUCAAGGACCCGGGGCCCAAACACAGCAGGAAGAGGGCAGCCGUAGGACCACAGGCAUCAAAAAGAAGGCCGCAGCCACCGCUUCUAAGACCUACAUCCUCCGCUCAUGCCUGAACCCGUCCUUGAUCGAAAUAGCCGCUCAGACGGACAACAGGCUCUUGGCAGAAGAACUCUCAGAUCUCCCGUGGGCUUCAGAUGACGAAGAAGGGGGUGGUGGCGACGAAGAUGAGCGCAAACCCACUUCGUACGGAAGCAUCAUAUCGUGGAGCCACGCCGAGCAAGUUGGAUCCCUGGGCAUCCUCUACGUCGUCCUGGCUCUUAUCCUUGUACACGGACGGGUGUUACCUGAUGCGGACCUCCGGUCUUAUCUCAAAGCUCUUCACCUCCCAAGCACACCCGCACGCGCUCCUGUCCACUUCACCUCAUCCUCACCCGUCCACUGUCUCGGCACUGAAGAGUUCCUCCUCAACCUCGCGCGCCAGAACUACAUCGAACGCAGAGUAGUAGGCGAAAGUGCGGCCAAGAAGGUUGCCGGAGGCAAGCGGGGCCGACCAACGCAGACGCAGAGGAAUCAAGACGACGAUGGUGGUACCAGGGAAAUGUACGAAUGGAGGUGGGGUCCAAGGGCGAUGUGUGAAGUGGGGGAGGAGGCGGUUGCCAGAUUUGUGGCGGAGUUUAUGAUCACUUCGGAGGGUGACGACGAUGCGGACGAGGAGGAUGGUGAAGAUGCUAGGCCAGCCAAUGGAAGACGGCGCGGGGGGCGACAGCAGCCUCAGAGACAAUCCAAGAAGGACAAAAUUCAGAAGAUGUUCGAGGGUAUCGAAAAGGCCGCAGGUGGCAAGUUGGCCGAGAUCCGAUAA